GCAAAAAGACUGGUGGUUCGUCUGGCUCUCACUUAUAAAGGGAAGGCCGUUUGUAGUGCUCGCUCGGUUAUCGUCCGCUGUUAACCGAGAACUUCGUAGGUCUAAUGCGACGCAUAUUUAUGUUUAUUUAGUUCGAACCGUACGGUAAAUAAGUGUAGAGAUCGCGCUCGCUUGGCUACUCACCGGAGCAGCACCGCACGCGGCGUCCGGGUUUCACUUUGUUUCCGUACUAUACGUGUUUGAAAUGAUAUAGUUCCACAAUGAACGGAGAUAGUAUUACUGUUAGCGGUGUGGAGGCCGAAUACACGGAUAUCGCGAACAGAAAUGCGUGGGCUCUCGUGUACCAGAAAAUCGGCCGGGAGUGUCACGCAUACCCCUACACAUGCACCGAGGCGAAGAAGCUGGAGAAUAAGCCGUUGAAUCGCUACCGGGAUGUGAACCCGUACGACCACAGCCGCGUCAUCCUGAAGCGAUGCGAGCGGGACUACAUCAACGCGAACUUAGUCAAGAUGGAGCGAGCGAACCGCAAGUACAUCCUAACGCAGGGCCCUCUCGCCUUCACCGUGGGACACUUCUGGCUGAUGGUGUGGGAGCAGCAGUCGCGGGCCAUCCUCAUGCUGAACAAGAUCAUCGAGAAGAACGAGACCAAGUGCCACUGGUACUGGCCGCGGGCCGUCGGCGAGGAGAGCAAGAUGGUGCUGAAGGACGUGCAACUCACGGUGGAGCAGACCCGGGAGGAGGACUUCAACUACUACUCCACCAGGGUGUUCAGAAUCGUGGACCUCGAGACCAACGAGUCCCGCGAAGUGAUCCAGUUCCACUACACGACCUGGCCCGACUUCGGCGUCCCGCAGUCCCCCCACGCCUUCCUCGAGUUCUUGCGUCGCGUGCGCGCCUCGGGCGCCCUGGAGCCCGACGCUGGGCCUGCGGUGGUGCACUGCAGCGCGGGGAUCGGCCGCUCCGGGACAUUCUGCCUCGUGGACUCUUGUCUGGUUAUUAUCGAGAAUGAGGGCAUCGAGAACCUGAGCGUGCAGCAAGUGCUCCUGGAGAUGCGCAAGGACCGCAUGGGGCUCAUCCAGACGCCGGACCAGCUGCGCUUCUCCUACCAGGCCAUCAUCGAGGGCGCCAAGCGACUGGACCCUAACUACAAGGAGCCUCAAAUGGAGGAGAGUAUAUACUCGUCGGUGCCGGACGAGGAUGAGCCGCCACCGCCGCCGCCGCCGCCGCGCGGCGAGAGCCUCUCCCGGGCGCCCAAGAGGCCGCUGCCCUCCAUACCCGUCAGCGCUUCGCUCGGCGACAUGCAGGGGUUCACGGGCGAGGCGUCGGACGACAGCCUGCCCGCCUCGCCCGCGCCCGACUCCUCGCCCGUCUCGUCCGCCGACGACGAGGAGGAGCCGCCGGGCAGCGGCUCGCCAGCAGCGGAGCUCCGGCGGCGGCGCACGCGCGAGCUCGCCGAGCGCGUCUCCGCCAUCAAGCGGCGCGCGCGCGACGCCGAGCGCUGGCACGACCUCAAGAGGUCCUUGUACAAACCGCUUACCAUCACCUUCGGCGUCAUUCUCGCCGGCAUUGUCAUCUAUGCUUACGUCAAACACUAGUGCCCCUUCUGUCCAUUACUGGGACACUUGUGUCCAUUACUGGGGCGUUCAUGUCCAUUACUGGGGCGUCAGUAUCCAUUACUGGGACACGAGAGUCCAUUUCUAGGACAACACUACUGAGACUUGGCAUGUUCAUUACUGGGUAUGGAAUGUGAAUCAAACUCUGUCCUAUAAUGUUAGUUAUGUGACUGAUACAUAGUGAGAGGCAUUAAAAUACGCCGAGCGCUGGCACAACCUCAAGAGGUCCUUGUACAAACCGCUUACAAUCACCUUCGGCGUCAUUCUCGCCGGCAUUGCCAUCUAUGCUUACGUCAAAAACUAGUGUCCAUCACACGAACCAUACGGUCAUUAUUGUCCAUUACUGGUACACUGGUGUCCAUAAUCUGUACACUGGUGUCCAUAAUCGGGACACUAGUGUCCUUUACAGGGCCACUUGUGUCUUUUAUUGGGACAUGAGGGUCCUUUGCUAGGACAACACUACUGAGACUUGACUUGUUCAUUACUGGAUCACUAGGCCCGAUUAUUAGUUAUGUGGUGAGAGGCAUUAAAACACUUGUUAUUCUCGCCGACAUUGUCAUAUAUGCUUAGGUGAGUGUCCAUUACUAGGACAUGACAUGACACGGCAAGUACAGGUCCCAUUACUGAGACCUGACGUGUUCAUUACUGGGUUUAGCAUGUGACACAAUUUGUAUACGCGUGUCUAUAACUCUGCCAUAAUAUGACCAUUACUUGGACAACUUAGGUCCAUUACUGGGUACAGCAUGACUAGUGCAUAAUACAAGGCAAUUGACACUCGUGUUAUUAUAUAACUCGCCUUUUGGCUCGUCUCAUAAAAUAACACUCGUGAUUUUAUGCCUAAUUAUGUACAGUUGUGUACAUAACAUAAUAAGUCCACUUUUAAUAACUGUAUCUAUAACUGGGCCUUACUGGGCCCAGCUCGGAACACUAACUGGGCCUUUUGUGUACCGUAAUCAAGUUCACCGUCAUACUAACUGGGCCUCCAUAUGUCCAUUACUGGGUCUUGCAUCGUUGUGACACAAACCAGGCCCAUUGUAUACAGUAAUUGAGCAAUUCCCGUUAAGUUUGUACAUUUGGAUCACGUCUCCGAUUUUGAUAAAAAUUGGUAGGCUGAUAGAGUCCAUGAUGCUGCGCAAGAUCCACUAGGUUUCCCAAAAUGUCCCAGGUAGUUAGUAGUAAGAAACCUUUCUUAUUUGUUACCAGAUUUCUAUAGAUUUUCGGUAACAAAAAAGGAAAGUUUCAUACAUACAUUUAUACGGAGGACAGCUUGCUAUGGACUCUUAGAGGUGUCUCUUUGAGUUAAUUCUCAGUGUUCAGAUACUUUUGAGCAACUUGGCGGCUCCAGUAUUUCUAACGUGAGACGUACAGUCACUUGCAAUAAUAUGGUAUGGUGAUCCCACACGGCUGUUAUAAAUGGGCCUUUUUUUUUUCAAUAUCGUCCCUUUUUUGGAUUUUUUUAUGUGGUUUCCACUCAGAAUCGCGAGCUCUUUCAAUCCUAAUAGGAGAAGAAAAAUGUCCUAAGGUUUUUUUCCAUUCCGUUACCAAUUUUUCAUACAUUUUUUAUGGCGGUAACGGAAUGGAAAGUUUGAAAAAUGGAAGUCUUGGAACAUUUAUUUCUCCUAUCAGGAUCGAAAGACCUCGCGAUUCUGAGUAUAAAUCGCGUAAAAAAUACACAUGUUACAAAAAAAGCGGGACAACUAUAAAAAAAUGGCCCAAAUGUUAUAUAACAUGGUGUGACAGGGACAGCACGCCAUCACUCCAUCGCGCUGUCCUUGUCACACCUAUAUAACAUUUAUAACAGCGUGGAAGCAGCAUUACUCUUUGAAAGUCGCAAAAAUAUGGCUCUGCUAUCGUCAAAUAUUUUUGCGUAUUUUGUUAUGUAUAUUAUUGCUUGCCGACUAGACGAUCAAAAUGAUCUACAGAUGUAGUGCGAAAAGGGUUUCCUUCGUAUUUUUCUGGAAACGUUCGUAUUGUCAUGCUAGUUCAUUCAAUGUCAGCACAUCUUGUACUGAGACUGACUGAAAUAUCAUGACACGUUCGUACGUUUCCGUAACAAUACGAAGGCGAAUCUUUUCGCACUACAUCUGUACACAUGCACACUAGUGUGGUAAGAAAAUUUUGAGCACUGCCCGUCCUACUGCUUAUAUGAAGUACACUCGCCAGAUAUAUCUGAACACUCACUCUUAGUGUUCAGAUGUUUUUGAGCACCUCGGGCGUUCAGGCAUAUUUGACGGCGGCCGUAUAAACACCGGACUGAAAAAAAACUUUCCUAUAUCGAUCAACAAUAUGUUUUUACUUUUUAUCAUUUUAAUAGAACUUUUAGACGAUGACGCUUACUUUUUAUUUUUAUUUCUAUUGUGAGUUGUAGACGAAAUUAGACAUUAUGAAUUGAAUCGUAAUUUUUAUUAUUGCAUUUAGAAACACUAGCUGUCGUGGAAGGGAGUUAUGUUUAAGUAAUAUUAUUGUAGACGAAAUUUCUAUGUCAAUUUGCCCAUAUCAAGUUAUAGUGGGGACAAGCUAACUCUGGAUUUUGCUGUGAUAUUGAGAAAUGUUACAAUAAAUGACAAAGUUCCAUGGAAUAUGACGUUUCUGUUGCAUGAAACUGCAAAAUAAAGGAGUAAAACAUUUUAUUAGUUUCUUAAAAAAUAAAAAAGUAUUUCUUUUAAUAAUCUAUCGCUUCACAAAAUCUACUACCAAAUGUCAUAAGUUAAACAAGAUAUUUUAUAAAGACAAAUCACACUUGAAAUUCGGCGCAGAGCUAGCUUGGCCGGACGAUGCAAAGCGGAAGUAUAGCCCCAGCUUUAUAAUGCCAUGUACAGACAGCGGCAAAAGUGUAUUUAUUAAUUUUAUUAUAUUAUCGAACCAAUACAAUAAUGAUUUUAUUUUGUAAUCGAAUUUUAGAAUAGUUUUAAUGAAUUUUAUUAUUUUUACGACUGACCCCUGUAUUUUAGCCAAUUUUAUGGUGUUAGCCAGUUAGGGGUACUUUAAAUAAAUAUAAAUUUUGAAAAUAUUUAUUUGUUUUUUUUUUCUUUAUCACACUUUUGGUGCUGGCUGUCCCGGGAUCAUUCUAACUGUAUAUUAUCUUCAUUAUUUAUUCAUUAUUAACAUAGUCAUUUGGUGUUUACGAUUAACAAACUAUAAGUCAAAAAUAUGUUGUAAUUCAAAUUAAUGAUUGUUGAAGGAC